AAAAUGGCGCCUGACAGAAGUACACCAACUUUACCUAUUUGGUCGUCUAUGCUCUUAUUGUUCUUUUGUCUAAAUGGAUUAGAGACAGUGAAGUGCCAAGGGUCUUACGAGCUUCGAUUGGUCAACGGUAGCGCGCCAAACGAAGGUCGGGUUGAAAUGCGAUGGAACUCUUUAGACUGGAUGUCAUUGUGCGGCGCGUACUGGGACAUCGGGGACGGAUCGGUAGUCUGCCAGCACCUCGGCUUCACCAACGCGACUUCGGUUUCGCGUACGGCCCGCUUCGGCUCAAGCACGGGACGGAUCAUGUCUACGAACUACCAGUGCACGGGGAGUGAGAGUCAUCUCGAGGAGUGUCCGGUGGGGCAGUUCUCCGAGGUGGACUGCCAACAUCCCGAUGACCCAGGUGUGGUCUGUUACCCGUCCACCCCGGCGUCGAUGAUGACGACGAUGCUGCCUAACCCAGUGACAACGCUUCCGCCAGAUGUAGCCAUACCCGUUCGGCUGAUGGGAGGGAAUAGUCCCUUUCAGGGGAGGGUAGAGGUCUAUCUCAAUAGUGCUUGGGGAACGAUCUGCGAUGAUAGCUGGGACACUACCGAUGCUCGGAUCGUCUGUCGUCAACUCGGCUUCCAGGAGGUUUUCGCUGCUUCCACCAACGCUCGUUUUGGCCAGGGCCUCGGUCUAAUCCACAUGGACGACACUCGAUGCUACGGCAGCGAAACGUCAAUCCUCGACUGCCAACACCGUGGCAUUGGCGUCCACAAUUGUCGGCACACGGAGGACGCUGGGGUGAUAUGCUUGCCGGAAUCCCGCUUAGCUGGCGGCAGCAAUCACUCCGAAGGUCGCGUCGAGGUCAAGGUUGGCGAACAAUGGCAGACGGUAUGCGGCGUCGGGUUCGACGACAUCGAUGCGAACAUUGUCUGCAAUCAGAUGGGGUACGGAGAAGUUAUCAGCAUGUCGCUUGGCAACGACCGGUACGGCAACGCCACCGGCACUGCUGUGGUCAAGAACGUCAACUGCAAUUCCAACUUUCAGCUGAUGUACCAGUGCGCGUCGGAAGUGGUACCUGACGGGGACCCACAAUGCACCAGCGAUAAUGACGUUGGCAUCGUUUGCUCAAAUUCUGAUGCUGCAAUGGGACUUCGUCUGGUUGGCGGCAACAACAUCUUCGAAGGCCGCGUCGAGGUUAACAUCAACAACACCUGGGGAACCGUGUGCGAUGAUUACUGGGACAUGGAAGACGCUUCGGUAGUCUGCAACCAGCUCGGGCUCGGCCGGGCCGUCGAGGCCAGGAAGUACGCCAGCUUUGGCCGGGGCUUCGGACCGAUCCACAUGGACGAUGUCCUGUGCUCUGGAGACGAAGCAACCAUCUUUGAUUGCGAAUAUAACAACCAGACUGGAUGCUCCCACAGUGAAGAUGCCGGUGUGGUGUGUGCUCCAAAAAUUCGUCUCAUGGGAGGUAUGAACGCGUACCAGGGUCGAGUAGAGAUGUACGUCAACGACGAAUGGAGCACAAUCUGUGACACGCAGUGGGAUGAGGACGAGGCCCGUGUUGCCUGUCGUCAGCUCAAGUACGGCUUCGCAGCUACGGCCAAGACCGGUUCGUAUUUCGGAGAGGGCACGGGGCCGAUCCUCGCCGAAAACAUACGGUGCACCGGUUAUGAAGGGUCGUUGGUGCAGUGCCCGCAGUUCGGCAUCUCGCCAAACACGACGUGCGACCACUCACGAGAUGCUGGUGUGAUCUGCUCACUCCCCGAAAACAACAUCACUCUUCGGCUGGUUGGUGGCGAGAACGCCUACCAAGGUCGGAUCGACAUCAAGCUCGAUGGUGUCUGGGGCACGGUCUGUGACAACAACUGGGACAAGAACGAUGCCCGUGUGGUCUGCAAGCAGCUAGGUCUUGGUCCUGGCAUCGAGGCCGCCAAAGGUGCCAGCUUCGGACCGGGUACUGGACCGAUCUACGUGGACAACCUGGCCUGCGGAGGACACGAGUCGUCAAUCGCAUUCUGUCCCAACAAUGGGGUAGAAGUCCACAAUUGCACUCAUGAGAACGACGCAGGAGUCGUAUGCUCAGCUCCAAUCCGACUUGUAGACGGUUCCGGUCCAUACGAGGGCCGCUUGGAGAUUCUCCGCAACAUCGUAUGGGGGAUUGUAUGCGAUGACGGUUGGGACAUCAACGACGCCACUGUGGUCUGCAACGAACUCGGCUUCGGCGGUGCAAAGCGGGCCGUCGCCGCUAGCUACUUCGGCUCUCGCUCUUAUGGCUAUAUCCACAUGGAUAACGUGGCUUGUGAAGGGGAUGAACAAAGCCUCACAGACUGCCCGCAUGACACUACCCAUGACUGCUCGCAUUUGGAGGAUGCUGGAGUUAUCUGCACGGGAAAAGGUAGGGUUAACACGAUCAGAUAUUCUGCAAUGGGACUUCGUCUGGUUGGAGGCAACAACAUCUUCGAAGGCCGCGUCGAGGUUAACAUCAACAACACCUGGGGAACCGUGUGCGAUGAUUACUGGGACAUGGAGGACGCUUCGGUAGUCUGCAACCAGCUCGGGCUCGGACGGGCCGUCGAGGCCAGGAAGUACGCCAGCUUUGGCCGGGGCUUCGGACCGAUCCACAUGGAUGAUGUCCUGUGCUCUGGAGACGAAGCAACAAUCUUUGAUUGCGAAUAUAACAACCAAACUGGAUGCUCCCACAGUGAAGAUGCCGGUGUGGUGUGUGUUCCAAAAAUUCGUCUCAUGGGAGGUAUGAACGCGUACCAGGGUCGAGUAGAGAUGUACGUCAACGACGAAUGGAGCACAAUCUGUGACACGCAGUGGGAUGAGGACGAGGCCCGUGUUGCCUGUCGUCAGCUCAAGUACGGCUUCGCAGCUACGGCCAAGACCGGUUCGUAUUUCGGAGAGGGCACGGGGCCGAUCCUCGCCGAAAACAUACGGUGCACCGGUUAUGAAGGGUCGUUGGUGCAGUGCCCGCAGUUCGGCAUCUCGCCAAACACGACGUGCGACCACUCACGAGAUGCUGGUGUGAUCUGCUCACUCCCCGAAAACAACAUCACUCUUCGGCUGGUUGGUGGCGAAAACGCCUACCAAGGUCGAAUCGAAAUCGAGCUCGAUGGUGUCUGGGGCACGGUCUGUGACAACAACUGGGACAAGAACGAUGCCCGUGUGGUCUGCAAGCAGCUAGGUCUUGGUCCUGGCAUCGAGGCCGCCAAAGGUGCCAGCUUCGGACCGGGUACUGGACCGAUCUACGUGGACAACCUGGCCUGCGGAGGACACGAGUCGUCAAUCGCAUUCUGUCCCAACAAUGGGGUAGAAGUCCACAAUUGCACUCAUGAGAACGACGCAGGAGUCGUAUGCUCAGCUCCAAUCCGACUUGUAGACGGUUCCGGUCCCUACGAGGGCCGCGUGGAGAUUCUCCGCAACAUCGUAUGGGGGACCAUAUGCGAUGACGAUUGGGACAAAAACGACGCCACUGUGGUCUGUAACGAACUGGGCUUCGGCAGCGCAAAGCGGGUCGUUCCCGCUAGCUAUUUCGGCUCUCGCUCUUAUGGCUCUAUCUACAUGGAUAACGUGGCUUGUGAAGGGGAUGAACAAAGCCUCACAGACUGCCCACACGACACUACCCAUGACUGCUCGCAUUUGGAGGACGCUGGAGUGAUCUGCACAGGAAAAGAUCUUGCAUGUGACCUUCCAUCACUCCCUCCAAACACAUACAUGAGUUUUGUCAAGUCACAUUACAAUGAGGACGAGGUCAUAGCCGUCAUUUGUACCUAAGGCAACGAGUCGGUGGAGUGGCGAUGCGGCACCGACAAGAGAUGGACAGGACUAUCCCUCACCUGUCCUCCCAGGAAAGGCCACUAGCACAACACCAUCUUCAAGCAACACAUCCAACAAGUCGAAGGGUAGUCAUGAUCAGUCAACUCGUGUAUCCGACGAGAGAAAAAAAAAAGGAAAAGCAUAAACCAAAGAACAACAGCAAGUCCUCAAGCGACAGUGCUUUGAACUCCGAGAUCAGCGAUCGCGAUAGCGACGACGAAAGCUCGGAAUCCACGCUAUCAGCAGAAACGCCACCAAAGGCAGCACGGGAGAAGAGAAAAGCAGCAAAGAGAAAAAGAAAGGAAUCGAAUAAGAAGAAGUGAGUUGAAACUGAGAUAUAUGAAGAAAAUGCUGAGAAGUUCUUGAUUAACUAUGAUCAAUUCAAAUAUACAUUUGAUAUCCCUUAAUGUAAGGGGUUUGCGUAAUAAAUUGAAAAGAGAUAAGAUAUUUCUGUGGUUGAAACAUCAAAAGUGUGACAUCGCACUUCUACAAGAAACUUUUUUGAAGCGUGACAAUGAAAAUAGUAUAAAUCGUGAAUGGUCAGGGCAUUGUUUUUCGAUCACGGAACCAACCACUAAAAAGGGGUAGCAAUUUUGAUUCGCAGUGGUCUCCCAAUUGAUAUAAUUAAUGUUCAUCUAAAAGGAGAUGGAAGAGCGAUAAUUGUGGAAUUCUCAUGUAAUUUAAAAACAUAUUUUUGUGUAAAUGUAUAUUCACCAGCAAAAUGUAUAGAAAAGGAAACAUUCUAUUAAUCACUUGACCAAUGGAUAAAACUUUAUAGGCCCGGUAGUAGUAUUAUGAUUGCAGGUGGUGACUGGAAUUGUGUACAGAACAGAACCCUAGAUACUUACGGGAUAUCUCACGCAUAUUUACCCAAAAAGUAUUUUAAAUCCUUCCAAACGAGAAAUAGGCUUUUAGAUAUAUGGGGGAAUUUUUUCCAGACAAGAAACAGUUUACUUGGCGACAGUUGUCAUUAAAACUUUACUCUCGUCUGGAUUAUUGGUUAAUAACAAAAGAUUUUAAAUGUUCAGUUUUCUCGACAGAUAUUCGACCAUGUUUAAAAUGUGACCACAAUGCAAUAUCUUUGAAAAUCAAAAUAUCCCAAGAAAAAAGGGGAAAAGAUUAUUGGAAG